GCCGGCGAGAGGCGAAGUCGCUCCUUUGGGCAUCUCCGGAGCGAAGCGAGGGGGAAAGGGAAGGAAGAUGCUGGUCUGGGCACCUCUUCUGGGGCUCCUGCCCCUGCUGCUCGAGGCUGCCCGGGGAGAGCCGGUGCCAGCUACGAUGUGUCCCAGAGGCCUUUCCUGGAGCAGAGACCUGGAAAAGUGUAUGGAUUGCGCUGUGUGUCAAACCCAGAACAAGAAUGACUUCUGCUCCACGUGUGGGGAUCCUCAACCUCCAGAUACACUCAAUUACUGGAUUCUCGUGGGAGCAUCGCUGGGGGCAGUAGUUCUGAUUUGUAUCAUUGGUGGGAUAAUAGCCUAUGCUCGUUGCCGGCGGCGAGAGAAAUUUACAACUCCAAUUGAAGAGACUGGAGGCCAUUCACCUCAGGAAUCACUGAUUCAUUGAAGAUCUUUGGGUCGGUGUUUCAGCUGACAAAGAAAGAGAGAGAGAUGAAUUCAACCUUGGAUUACCUCUAACUUUUCCUUAAAAACACCAGAAAGAUGUUUUUUUCCUCUGCCCCGGGAUUCUGGGGCAUUCCACAUUUGCACACACAAUGUUUUCGGGGUGGGGUGGGGUAUGGAGUCCUCUUUCCUGAGAUACAUUUCAGGGAGAAGUUGUGGUGAUCCCUUUUGUAAAGGUACAUCAACCUCCCCGUAAAAUUUUGAAGUGUUAGGGGGGAAGGAGUGAAAGGGCUCUUUUCUAAAUCCCCAGGAUCUAAUGCCCCAUAUUGGGGAGACAUUUUCACACUGGGGCAUAGCUGCGGGGAACCAGUUGCAGCUGCCGAAUCCCUCCCAGCUUGGAGGCCCUUUGGCAAGGAUGCUCACCGCAUCUACUGUUUGCUUCACUCUGGGGAGCCACUUUGGGUUAAACACAAAUGUGAUGAGUAGAUUUAUCUGUAUAUAAAGAAUAUAUUGGGUGCUGAGUCUCUCUGGGAGAGGAGCAGGGUCUUUGUUUCUACCUAGCUUCCCUUGUGCUUUUCUCCGCCAGUGGCUGGGCCACUAUGUGAAUCGGCCAAGUAGCCGCAGCUUAAGCCAACACUCACGGUCAUUCUUCUCUCCUUUUGCCCUCCUCCCCUAACCUUUGGUGCUCCCACAGAGAGGUUGAUAUUUAUGUCUUCUACUCUAACAUAACUUUAAUUUUCUGGUUGUGAAUUGAAAAAGCCAGCAGGAAAAAGAAAAGAAAAACCCUUGCAUGUCACUUCAUGAAACAGAGUUUGUGGAUUUUAAAAAAUAAAAUAAAAACUUCAUAAGAUAACACGAGGCACCUUAUUUUGGGAUGAAAAGUAUGGCGGUGGCUGGGACUAGCCCUGAGACCCGGUUGUAAGUCCUGGUAGAAACAAAAGUAGCAUUCAGAGGGCUUAGAGCACCUUACAUAAAUCGUCACUGUAGUCCAUACAGCUGUUGCAGAUUGCACAGUAGUUACAUGGAUUUCGAAGAUACUGUAAUCAAUUGCAAAUAUGGGCCAAGAUCCCAAGCAAGGCCUCCUAACUAAGGGGCAGAGUUUGAACAGGGGAUUUCCCAGCUGGCAGUCGUGGACAUUAUAGUACAUCAGCUCUCACUGAAAUCUUCCUAGUAAGAAUAUUUAUCUUGUAACCCUUUCUCUUUCACUUUAACAUACCUGUAACACAUUUACCUGCUCUUCCUCUAAACGAUGGCCCAAGAAAGUCCUCUCUCUAUGUUACGCCAGGCCUGCUUUACUGUCGAGAAAAAGAUUGCAUCCUGUGCUUGUGGCCGUUCUUUGGUUCGCCUCUCUUUUUUCCUAUUAAAAAAUGUUAAAGUCUUCCCCCCCGCCCCCCGCUU